CCUACCCAUUUAUUCAUCUGUGGAUCACACGGAGGGAACACAAAUUCAACACAGCCGCUAAAAGAAAAAAAAGCUAUGCUUAUUUGAUUUUCCCAGCUAUUGUGCAUGUGUGUAAAGUUUAUGCAUCCUAUUUUACAUAUCCGCAGGGCUUGCUUUUUUUUUUCUUUCACUGGCAAGGUGAAUGAAUGACUGAGGAGGACGGAGCAGCUGCUCAUUUAAAGCGUACUGAAUGGAGGCUGAACGCCACUGAAGUGGACAUUUUCUCCUUCCUAUUCUUGUGCUGGAACCUUUAGGGAUGGCAAUCUGAAUACAAGCCAACGAUGCAACAGUGAGAAGUAUUCAGCGAUCUCCGGAAGGGGACUGCUCCACCAUAUAUCUAUACAUUGUAUACUACUUCCACCUUUUUCUGUUAUGUGCGUUCAGAUGACGGCAUGGAUUCUGCAAAAGGAUCGCUUUUCCAUGAUAGAAACGUGAAAGCGGCGGACUGAUUGAACCGAUCGAACCUCCCCGGGGACACUUGUCUCUCUCUUGUCGCCACCGGACAGGAUUUCAGCAGCCCCAAAAGGGGCGUGCUUGGCUGCCCACUGAUGAAUUGCACUUAGGACUAUGGGGGAGAAUUCAGCGUCGGUGAUGUGUGAUGUCUGCUGAGUGAGAUUCUGCUUUGUCACCACAAUUCCAUCAUCCUGCCUUCAUGUGCCAGGAAUCCUGCCCAGCGCCUGUAGGAAUAAAGACAAUCUGUUAUUGGCACACAACCCACUGAAUGGCAUUACACCGUCCCUUUAUUGCCUUAUUGCACCAACCUUUAAAUAGAUCUGAAAAAAAAAGUGAGAUAUUAAAAACAAACUGUAUUAGUUGUGCCUGAGGCUUAUAGCAGGUUGCCUCUGAAAUAAUUCCUCCUUCUAUCUUUUCCUGUGAAAUGUGGAUGAUCAGGUUGGAUUGCUGUCUCCAGCACUGCACAAUGUCCCCCUGAUUGACGCCGACCAUUGAGGCACACAGGAGUCAGUGAUAGAUCCCGGUGACGGACACUAGGGGGAGCCGCUGAGUGAGGACAGAGCAGACAUUGGCGUUGCGGGGAGUUUGGUGUGUUUUGGCCCCGCCGGCUCUCCGUAGGAGAUGGGAGAAGGCAUGUCCAAGAGGCUCAGGCUGCAGUUCGGUGGGGAGGCGGAGAUGGAAGAACGAUCCUUCGUUAACCCCUUCCCUGACUACCGACCGCCGAUCCCCGAGCAGGGGGAAGGAGCUGAGGGAUCCGGGGAGCAUGGAGAGCUGGAUCUGCCCUUCGACAAGGAUGGCAAGAUCACAGGACGUUUUGCAGAACGCAUCCAAAUGAAAAUCAGUGACUUACUUCAGCAAAUGGAAGAAGGACUAAAGACUGCAGACCCCCAUGAUGUUUCUGCCUACACAGGAUACACGGGCGUAGCCUUGUUGUACCUGCAACUGUACCGUGUCACUCCAGAUCAAACCUAUUUGCAACGUUCUCUUGAUUAUGUGAAAAGAGUCUUGAGGAACUUGAAUGGGAGAAGAGUCACUUUCCUUUGUGGGGAUGCUGGACCUCUUGCUGUCGGAGCUGUAGUCCACCACAAGCUGCAAAACCACACGGAAUCCAAGGACUGCAUUGCAAGAUUGCUGCAGUUACACCGAGGAGUGGUGAGCACAGACCCUGAACUUCCAGAUGAGUUAUUGUAUGGUAGAGCUGGCUACCUGUAUGCAUUGCUUUACGUAAACUCUGAGAUUGGUCCCGAUACCGUACCUCAGGCUACUAUUAAAGAGCUUGUCGAUGCCAUCCUAGAGUCUGGGAAAAACUUAUCAAAAGAAGAGAAUAAGACUGAGCGGUGUCCACUGCUGUAUCAGUGGCACAAGAAGCAGUAUGUAGGGGCAGCACAUGGACUUGCUGGUAUCUACUACAUGCUCAUGCAGCCCCUGGCAAAAGUAGAACAAGAUACACUGACAGAACUUGUGAAGCCAUGCAUCGAUUAUGUCCGUCACAAGAAGUUUAGGUCGGGUAAUUAUCCUUCAUCAUUAAGCAAUGAGACAGAUCGGCUGGUGCACUGGUGUCACGGAGCUCCUGGAGUUAUACACAUGCUCAUUCAGGCCCAUAAGCUUUUCAAAGACGAGAAGUACUUGAAAGAUGCCAUGGAGUGCAGCGAUGUCAUCUGGCAGAGAGGAUUAUUACGGAAAGGAUAUGGCAUCUGUCAUGGCACCUCAGGGAAUGGAUAUGCAUUCCUGUCUCUGUAUCAUCACACUCAGGACAGGAAAUAUCUCUACAGAGCCUGCAAGUUUGCAGAGUGGUGUUUAGAUUAUGGGAAACAUGGAUGCCGAAUCCCAGACCGACCUUACUCUCUCUUUGAAGGAAUGGCUGGCGCUAUUCAUUUCCUAUCGGACGUGUUGACACCAGAGACUUCACGCUUCCCUGCAUUUGAACUUUGAUUGGCUGGCAGGAGAAUUUUGGAUACAGUCUGUGUGUGCAACGAGGAGAUGUUGAAUUUCCACCCGUCAUGUUCAGUGCCUCCACCACAUGCUGCCAACUUUACCUUGUCACCACUUUUUUCAGAGUGUUGUGGCAAUGUUUACUGAAGCCGUUGCUGCAGAAAAUGGGCUAAAUGGAAUCUUACAUUAUCAACUCUGUGAUCUUGAUGUUCUGCAGACUGAAGAUGCUAUCUCUUUUGUUUUAUGUUUGCCAUUGGACGUUUUUUACCAAUGCAUUCUGAUGGCAUUUAAUUUUCAGAUGCAUUAUUGCAAU